AUGGCGGCAAGUCGCUCCAUGGAGUCUCGGGUAGGGAGAACAAAGCAGCGCUACGCAGAGACCGGAGAACGUCUCGUCGCAGGCGUGGUACCUCUCAAUGCCGCGAAAACCCACGUACUUCUGAUCCAAUCGACUCGACGCGCAGGCUGGGUUCUGCCAAAGGGCGGCUGGGAGUCUGAUGAAUCGUGUACCGAAGCCGCGCAGCGCGAGGCAUGGGAAGAGGCCGGAAUUGUCUGCACAGUCGACUACGAUCUUGGUACCAUCAUGGAAACCCGAGCCCCGAAGCAGAUGUCGAAAGAGGCCCCCAAGGCGCUCUACCAAUUCUACGAGGUUACUGUCACAAGUGAGGAGACAGAGUGGCCAGAGAAGCACAAGAGGAAUCGACAGUGGGCAAACUUCGCAGAGGCAUCGGAAGCGCUCAAAGCCCGCCCAGAGUUAUUAGAAGCUCUCAAACGCUCCACCAUUGCCAGGUAG